AUGUACAUCAUGAUUUCCCUACGACACCUGUGUCUCUUCCUUAAUCUCUGGCAGAUGACCAGGGCUGAUUUGACUCCUCAAGAAAUUCAUUCAUGGAACAGACUUCGCGGCGCAGUCGUGCAAACAGAUAUCUUCCUCCAAGGAGGUCUGCUUCAGAUUCCGCAAAGCAAGACCGGUUACCCAGGCAGAUAUGAGAACGGCUCUUUCUUUCGAUUGAGUCUCAACGACUCUUUUGACGUCGCGGACAAUCAAGCACCGCCACUGUUCAGAGCGCUGGACGACAAGAGGAUAGAAGGCUCAGCUAUCGGUCAGGAUGGAUUUAUGAUCGCCGACAACGACGAAAUCUACGUCUAUGGAGGUGCUUUCUCGAAUCCUGCUCUGGUCGAUAAUGUCGUUUUCUCUGAUGUGCUGUUCGACCCAACGAUUGGAAGAGAAAACACCCUUCGGAACGCCAACCCAGCAUAUAGGCCGAAUGACGGGGCUUUUCAAGUCAAGUUGACUGCGGGUGCUGGCGCCAAUGCACCAAGUGAAAGCCGUGGGUUCUACUUCGGUGGGCUGAAGAGACCUGACAAUCAAGCCAUCGGUGUCGACGAUGGCAUCGACAAUCUGACUCUCUCCGAUGGACUGGUCAUCGUGGAUACAACCGAACAGACGGUCUCGCAUUGGACGAUACCAGCCCUUGGAGUCGGCAUUCAGUCACGAGCAGAGGCCACCCUGGCCUGGAUUCCUGCUGGCGAGCAAGGCAUGCUUGUCGCUGUUGGUGGUGUUUUGAAUCCAAGCGACAUCUUCAGUCCGUAUGGACCAUGGACCAACGAUAGCAUGGAACAAGGUAACAACUUCACCAAAGAAAUACACCUGUUCGACGUAGCAUCGUCAACGUGGUUCAGGCAGGCUAUCGCAGAUGGAUCGCCGUGUCCACCGAGGCUAGCACGGGCGUGUGGUGUGGUAUCCACCCAUUUCAAGAAGACACAUAAAGCCGACUCGCAUCAUGAUAUCUUCCUCUAUGGCGGCUAUGAUGGAGACAGCACAACCAGUUUCGACAGCGUGUGGGUGCUCAGCAUCCCUUCCUUCAGGUUCAUCGAGCUCCCAGCAGGACGAACAAGGAGAGAUGGCCACAUUUGUGUCAAGCCAUAUGAUAACCAGAUGAUAGUCAUUGGCGGGACACAGGAUGGAACACUGCCUCUAGAGGACGGCCGGCUGGUCGACGUCUUCGAUAUGAACACGCUGGAGUGGACCGGCAGAUACGAUCCACUGGUCCAUGACGACUACAUACCAGCAGAGGUGAUUGUCAGCGCUCUGCCGCAAGAUCAGUGGGCCAAUGUGAGAGGCUCUCCUCUUGCAGUUCCACUCAAUACGACAUACGACGUUGAUAAACUUAUUGCACUGGGACCGUAUACGAAGUCGUCGCCCACACCGAGAACAGGGGGACCAGAAGAUAGAACCAAGUCCCGCGACUUGGCCGUCAAGGCGGGCGUGCCAGUGGGCGUCAUCGUUGGCCUGUCGAUCAUCGCGUUGUUGUUCUUCUGCUUGGUAUGGCGUCCUCGAAGACGCAAGCUUGAACAGAUCCAGGGUCACAAAACUGGCGCGACAGAUGAGACAGCGCAAAGCUGGAUCGACCGUUGGGUAGGAAGCACCGUUGUCGGGUCUACGCAAGGCAAAGAUGUCAAUUCCGAUACUGAUGGGGCGGGCUCUGUUCCAGAAGCCGCUCAGACACCUGAGCUUGAUGGCUUGGGCUACGCUAGCACUCACCGAUGGUCUCAAUCGACUGCCGCUGCGCGUCCGCCUCGCCACAGAGAUCCAGGAAGCGGCGAAGGACCCUACGAAGUCUACACACCUGACCACAGGACAUCGCAAACGAGCGGUAUUCACACAAUUGCUUCAGAUGGGGCAGAGUCGCCGAAUGUCAGCAGAUCAGACGUCAGAAAACAAAGCACCCAUGCGCCCGGAGUGGUUAGUGGCGGGCAAGCUCCUUCUGAAAUGAGCGACGCCGGUGCGGCGCAAAUAAUCUCUGACACAGGUGCAAAACCUGACAAGGGCGCAAUGAGCGCGUCUCCGUCAUCUCACAAUCCGGCAGCAGCGCGAUCCUCGAAGGCUAAGCAUAUUUCGUCAAUCUCGGAGACAGCGGCCUUCGAGACGACUGCUGGCGCUACUACCGGUUCAAUCAACACUAAGCGGUCGCCCAUCUCACCAGUACAGUGGCCUGCGCGGCCAUCGCAUCACCGUCAUAGUUCGAGCGUGAGUUCCGGUCUGAGUCCGCUGCCCUCCCCUGGCGAAGAGCAAGAAGAAGACGAGCAGAUACGGACCAUUUGA